AUGCGGCAUAUUGUCCACAUGCCACCCCAGUGGCCUGCUCCGGAGCUCGACCCAGUCCUUAUUAAUAUCGAUUUCGAUAUCCCCGCCGGAGAACGGGUGGCCGUGGUUAGACGCACCGGGGCGGGCAAGAGCACCUCGACGCUAGCCCUUAUUCGAGCUCUGGAAUCGGUGUCGGGGCAGAUCACUAUUGAUGGUAUCAACAUCGCUUCGAUCACACUGGAUCAACUGCGACAGGCCGUGACUCUAGCUCUGCGCAAACUUCAAUUCUUCGCGUCUUUGCCUUUCGGUGGCCUGGACUAUCAGGCUGCAGCCCUAUCCCUGGGCCAGCGUCAGCUGGUCUGUAUCGCGCGGGCACUUCUCCGUCGUUCACGGGUGCUCGUUCUUGACGAAGCCACGGCAUCCAUCGAUCAUGCGACAGAUGCUUUAAUCCAGGCAGGGUUGCGAUCAUUGCCGCUGGGACCACCGUUCUGA